AUGAUGACCUCAAACCCCACCUCGGCCGUCCCCUCGGCAUCCGCCUACCAAGGCCACCUCACCGGGGGCGAUGGUUUGCUCGCCUCGCGACUUCACAAACCCACCCACCCUUCGCUCGUCCAAGUGGUAUUCAACAACGGCUCGUACAAUUCGCACCUCAUCUCGCUCCAAGACUUUUCCAAGGGCGACCUGAUCAGCGCCUUUGCGCCGCAUGCCGACUUCGCAUCCACCAAAAGCUACUCGACCGUCCAGACGGGUGCUUCGACGCACAUCGAGCUCAACUCAGACCUGCUGUAUUGCAACCACUCGUGCGAUCCCAACGUCGCGUUUGUCAUCGGCGAUGCGAGGGACAAGUCCAGCUGGAAGGCCAGGGCCGAGAAGAACAUCAAGAAGGGCGACAUCUUGACCUUCUUCUACCCGAGCACCGAGUGGCAGAUGUCGCAGCCAUUCGACUGCGCUUGCGGCUCGUCCAAGCUUUGUUUGGGCAAGAUCGAUGGCGCCCACUCGAUCCCGGUCGAGACGUUGGCCAAGUACACGAUCAACCAGCACAUUCUCGAGCUGAAACGUCAACAAGUUCAAGAGAAUGCUUCGCUCAGCGAUGACCAGAAGCAGCAGCAGAUCAAACUUUUGCAGUAG